AUGAAGAGAUCCCCUGGAAGCGGUGCGCAGACGGUGUCGAAUGCAUCGACUGGGUCGCAAAAUACGGUUAUUCAGUUGAUUACGAUGUCACCUUUGACAUUCUCGCCAAAUAUCUUCUCGGGAACAAUCCCGAAUACAGGGGCCUCACUCUUUUUCGCACGAAGGAUGUCUUGUAUCAGUUCAGCGCCGGCUGGCUCUACAGCACAGCCGUCAACUCCGAUUUCCGCAAAAAAGUCGAUGGUCAGCUUGUCGGUCUUCGGAGGAGCGGAGAGAUCCAGAAAAUUAUCGACGACGCGACCGGGAACUUUGUGCCAGAGCAAAGCCAAACUCCAAGCAUCGGCCCCCUCAUCGUCGUGAUCCCGCUUGGGAUAUUCGUGUUGCCACCGCUCAUCGCGUCGAUAUUGGUGGCCACGUGUUGGCCUUCCCACAAUGAGGAGAGCCAGGUCGAACGACAUCGGGACGCAGCGGAAGAGCAAGCGAUCGACAUUG